GUACCGGCCUGUGAAGGCUUCCAGGGUGGCCGUUACGUGUUCGCUUUAUCCGGAGAAUUCCGUGCCGUGAGAGCCGCAGUCGACUCCUUAACAGCUGCGACGUACAUUCGCGAGGCCAUCAUAAGCGACCAACGAUUCCAAAUUGAGGAACAUGGCGCCUAAUUCGACUAUCGUUGAACGACCCGGCUUGCAAAGGACCCGCAGAUACGCCGCUAAAGUAAGAAGCGGCUGCAUUACAUGCAAGAUUCGGCGUGUGAGGUGUGAUGAAACGAAACCAGAUUGCACGAGAUGUACCAGCACAGGCCGUAAAUGCGAUGGCUACGCUCAAGAUAAGGUGGAGCGACCCGAUGCUCGGGGUCUGAACCAAGCAUCUCUUCCCCGGUCUACCAUACCAAUGUUCUCGACCGGUGACAACGUUCACUAUCUGGAGUUUUACCAUCACUGUGCGGGGCGAACAUUAUCCAGCAAAUUCGACGAUGGAUUCUGGUCUCGGAUAGUCCUUCAGAUGGCUCAAUCGGAGUCCACCGUACGCCACGCCCUGAUUGCCCUCAGCUACCUAUACAAGAGUGAAUCGGGUAGCAUGAAGCAUGCUCGCUGGAGCCUGGUUGCCGGUUCACAACGCAAAACGCUCUUCUUUCACUAUAACAAGGCGAUCAAAUGCCUUAUAGACCGUAUGGACGAGCCCUCGUACACGCCGGAAGUCGGCCUCGUAACGUGCUUGCUAUUUAUCUGCAUCGAGUUCCUGAGGGCAAACUAUCACGCGGCGUUUACGCACCUAAGUAGCGGGCUCAAAAUUAUUUCGGAAUGGCAAAAGGGGCGAAUGGGCGGCUUAUCAUCCUCCACUAAAUCGCCAUCUUUACAUUUGUCUCCAGCGACUCUAAGACAUUUCUCUGGUCCUGCUUCCAUGAUCGAGGAUAGUCUUGUUCCAAUGUUCAUGCGAACGAUUACACCGGCGCUGCUAUUUGGCGUGAGCAUCGAUCAGAUCGUCAACAUCCCCAUUCCACGUCCGCAGCGCUGUCUGGAGCAACCCUUCGCCACCAUCCACGAAGCGCAGUCCUCCAAUCUCGAGCUCCGAAACGCAUCCAUCUUGGUUUUCACGAACAUUGCUCGAAAGCUCAUCUUACGCGAACCGAUAACGACUGCAGACUUCGGAACGCAGGCGCAGCUCCUUGAAGGUCAUCAUUCCUGGUUUCGAGCCCUGCAAACGCUCGAACGCUCGAAAUGCCUGUCAAAAGAAGACAGGAUCGUGGCAAGCAUGCUCAAAGUUGGGUACUACUCGACCUACAUUCAGCUAGCAUGCACCGGCGAUUUCCGGCAGACGCCAUACGACGCGCAUCUUGCGAGCUUCCAAGCUUUGAACCAUCAUGCGAAGCUCGUCCUCGACUCCAUGGACCUCCCUCCUUCUUCUCCCUCCGCUCUUCAGGCCGAUCAACCUCGUCCGCUCCGUCCAGCUACCAGCCACGCACCACCCGCACCAUCUUCAAAUACCCGUCCCGGCCCAGCCGCCAACUUCACCUUCGAAGUCUCCCUCAUCCCAAGCCUACAUUUCUCCGCGCUGCGCUGCCGCUGUCCGCUUACCCGGCGAGAAGCAAUCUCCCUCCUCGCGCUGAAUCCGCCGCGCGAAGCCCUCUGGGACGCAGAGCAGCACGUGGCGGUUGCAAAACGCGAGAUCGAGAUUGAAGAGAGCGAAAUCGACCCCGCGACGGGCUGGCCGGCCGAGAGCUCAAGGCUUUGGUGUGCGGUUAUCGAUGGGAAUAUGGACCGGAAUGGGGGCUUCUGGGUCACUUUUGCGUAUGCGGUUUGGGCGCAGAACCCGGAGGCGAGGGCGGGCGGUGAGCGGAGGAGGGCCGAUGCGCAGUGGGAGGAGUGGUUUGUUCUGUGAAUGGCGGCGGCGCGAGGACCGACGCUCUUGCGGUAGGGUAUUCUCUAGAAUUAGGGGGCUCGUGGAACGGAGAAGUCAGAUUGCUCGUGCAGCUGACGUUGCGUUUCAUUGCUCAUUGUACGCACCUGCGAAGGCCUCCGAGGUAGGUGUUCCGCACGUCAUUCUAUCCAGAGAAUUCCACACUGUGAGAGCGACGUUAUGAGUGGGAAGAAGUUCGUUUGACUAUCAAGCCGGCACCUGCUUCAGCGUUU